AUGGUGGAAAAGAGAAGAUGUGAUCAUGAUGAAUGGACCCUUGAGGCAGUUUUAAGUGUUUACUGCGUUGCAGGUCUUGUUAAUGAGUGUGAGGAGCACUUCCAAGAGAUGAGAGCCUCGGGAAUAUUGCCCAGUGUCAUGUGCUACUGCAUGAUGCUUGCUGUUUAUGCAAGGAAUGACAGGUCAGCAUUCACUCAAUUGUUUCAGAAUAUUUUCCUUUCAUUGUUUAUGGAUGUCUCCAACUUGGUGGAUAGAAUCAGUGAAUUGCCAGAAGAAAUUCUUGGCGGUAUCAUAUUAUCUCUCUUGCCUCUUAAGGAAGCAGCAGCUACUAGUAUUCUUUCUAAGCGAUGGCGUUAUGUGUGGUGCUUUACUACAAAUCUCUAUUUUGAUGAUGAUGAUAAUUUGCUCUACUUCCGUGCCCUCGAACUGGAAGUAAGACACCAAAAAAGUUGUAGAUAUGUCAAUUGGGUCAACCAUGUGUUGAAACAACAUAGAGGCUCAGUUGAACAGUUCAGGAUUUGCUUUCAUCUCGAUCGUCGUUUAGCAAGUUCCAUUGAUAAAUGGAUUCAAUUUGCAAUGGAAAAGAGAGUUCGAGUGCUUUUGUUGGACUGUCAACGUGCUUUUUAUGAAGCUUCCUACUCCUUUCCCCGCACAAUUUUAGGUCUUGAAAAGGAAAAAGUGACGCCUUUUUGUUGCGACAUUCCAAGUCUGCACUCUUGUGGAUACACUGGUUUUGGGUUUCUCAGGGUUCUUCAAUUGAUAGGUGUUGAUGUGACCCAAGAAGUUGUUGAGUACUUCUUGUCCAAUUGUCGAGCUCUCGAACGAUUAUCAUUGGGGGGUGCCAGAAACUUGGUUAAUUUAAGAGUUGUCCGGCCAUCAGUUUCAUUGAAGUAUUUAUCAAUAAGAUGUUGUCUUGGCCUCAAAAGUGUUGAGAUUUGUGACGCAAACCUUGUGUCCUUUGCUUAUUACGGGACCCAGGCAAAAUUACUUCUAAAUAAUUUGCCGUCACUUGUUGAGGUAUCCUUUUGUGAGUAUUCGACUUUCCAUCCUGAAAGCAUCAGGCUUGCCUUCACCCCAUUUUUAUGCUUUCUUUCUCAACUAGAGACUCUCAAGUUGGGUAUUCACCUCGAGAUGUCGUCUUGGAGUCCUUGGUAUGCAUCCCCUGUUCCUACAUUACCAAAUGUUAAGCAUUUGGAGCUAAUAGUUCAUCCAGAUACUCCAUUCGUUCUGUAUCAUUUAGCUUCUUUCUUGAAGGCAUCUCCUUCCUUGCAGACACUCGUACUUAAGUUGGAAUACGGUAGCUGGGAGCCAUGGGAGACAACGAAGGUGGGAAAAGGUCCUCAAUGGCCACAUCAUAACCUUAAGGUAGUAGAAAUAGUAGGGUAUCGUGGUCGUAUAAAUGUCGUUGAGCAUGUCAUCUACUUCAUAGAGAAUGUUGUUGCACUCGAGAAACUUGUUAUUGAUCCUGUCAUGUGUUGGUUGCACCAUCCUACCGGUAUGGAUCGAAGAAUUGAAGAUGUCAAGGAGGAAGAAGAGGCGAGAGAUCAUGCUAUGCACCAACUUAAACAAAUGGUUCCGUCAACCGUACAAUUUGUAUGCCUCUAG